AGCUCCGUCGCUAAGUUUCGAAUCACAUUCUACCAGGAGCGUGACGGGCUAGCGCGCAAAAAUACGAUCCUUUUUAAACAAAUUUGGAAAUAUGUAUUUUUUAUUCAAUGGUAUUCCUUGUGUGUUAGAUGAAUAUAUUUUGCAAUAUGUUUACGCAUACGAUUGGAAUAAUUUCUUUCGAUUGACUGCGGUGGCCGUGUUUGCAACUAUUAUUGCGCGCUGGACCAUCGCUAUCGUGAAACAAAUUCGGUUGUGUCUUCCACCAGGACCUUAUGGACUUCCGUUCAUCGGAUGUCUGCCAUGGCUGUACCGAGGCUCCCCCCACUCUUGGUACCUCGCAUGGGCUAAACGUUACGGGAAUAUAUUUUCCUUGAGACUGGGUAACAGCCUUGUGGUAUGCAUAUCAUCAGCUAAUAUCCUUAGAGACGUGUUCAACAAAAGCGAUUCGAUCGGCCGACCUAAGACUCCGUUGAACAAUCUGCUUGGUGGUUAUGGGAUAAUACUAAGCGAAGGCAUCCUGUGGAAAAAGCAACGCCAAUUCGUUCUUGACAAGUUCCGUGCACUCGGUGUCAGGUUGUGGAGCAGGCAGAAGUUUGAAAAUUGCAUUAUUGAUGAAGUGCAAGAGAUGGUAACAGAAAUAGCCGUUAAGGAAGAACAGCCCCAAGACCCCGUCAUGGUCCUAGGCAGACACAUCCAUAACGUCAUAUGUCAGCUGAUGAUGAGUUACCGCUUCGUUGACGGAGAUCCGCAAUUUCAGGCUUUCAAUGCCUUGGUUACGCGAGGAAUGCAGCUCUUCGGUUCUGUCCAUAUAGGCGAACAUCUGCCUAUUUAUAUGAGACUGCCGGGUAAGAAAGCAGUUCUGAAGGAGAUCAAGGCGAACCUGGACAAGAUAAGUAGCUUCCAUGAGGCGCAUCUGAUAAGCCGGAUUGAAAUGCGGAAGAACUCGUCAAUGGACUACACGCCUGAGGACCUGCUGGAUUACUACCUCCAGGAGAUGUACAAGGGCGUUGAAGGUGGUGAGCUGCAGACGGUUUUGGAAGACAAGGAGAAAGUAAAGCAAGCGGUGCAAGUGAUGAACGACCUCUUCUCUGCCGGCAUGGAGACGUCGAGGACUGCUGUCGUUUGGCUGCUGCUGAUGAUGAUUCGGGAGCGGGAGGUGGCUGCUAAGGUUCGACAGGAGAUGUCGGGAGCGGUUGAACCUGGGCAACUUGUGACCUUGGACCAUCGUCUGCAAAUGCCCUACAUGGAAGCUGUCAUCUUUGAAACCCUGCGUAUCACCUGCAUUGUACCUUUGGGCACUGCGCACGUUAACACCUCGGACUGGAACGUCGAGGGAUUCACUAUUCCGGCUGGUACAACACUCGUGCCACUGAUUAACAAGAUCAAUAUGGACCCCGAACACUUCCCUGUGCCGGAAAAGUUUAUUCCUGAGCGUUUCUUGGAGAACAACAGGCUCUCUCUGCCUGAUCACUUCAUACCUUUCGGGGUCGGUCGCCGUAUCUGUUUGGGAGAGCAAUUGGCAAGAAUGGAGCUGUUCAUCUUCUUCUCGAACCUGAUGAACAACUUCGACUGGGAAAUACCGGAGGGAGACGAGGUACCAGGCUUGGAGGGUACCUAUGGUACCAUCCACAUGCCUCUCCCAUUCAAGGUCAUUUUCAAGAAAUGGCCCUGAAUUGAAGGGAGUGAAAUUACUUUUACAGUAAUUUCAAUUUUACGAAUUAAGUAAUACAAAGCUAAUUUACUGACGGCAUAAUCAAUAAAUUCAAAAAUAAAUCUAAAACUGCAGUUAAAAUUCAAAUUCCCAUUCAAUCUGUUGCGUACCAUAGCCUUCAUCAUUAAAUUCAAUAUCAUUAAAUUCAACAUCAUUAAAUUACAACAUCUUUCCAACUCAAUGAAUUAGCUAAGUGUAAUUUAAUUUCGUAUAUUUUUUUCAUUUUAUGCAUGCUAGUUUUAAUCCAUUUUAUUAUUUUGACAUUUUCAUAUUCUUAGAUUUAAUUAGCCUAGACUGACAUGAUUAAAUGAUUUUUAACGAUUUGUGUUUCAUUGUAUUGCUAAUUGCAUUUUAUUUUGUAUUAGACUUAAGACAUUCAUUAGAAUGUGGCCAUUGGAUGCCUUAUUAGAUUUUUAGGAAAUGAUUUAUAUGUAGCCAAUUUUAGCAUUGUUUCGAAAAUUAACAUCUAAAUGUAAGUGAAUGUGUGACUAAUCCAAUUAAUGUAUGAUGUGAGAAUUUCAAGAAUUACAACCAUUUUUAAGACUGAUUAAUGUACGCCAUAUUAUGUAUAAGACUAACUUCAAUUAGUUUGAAUGAAAUUGAUUUUAAGCUUAACACCGCAGCUAUAUUGAGAAAACAUGUCGGCAGAGUUACUUAAUUAAUUCUCAUUUUAAAAAUUAAUUUCAUUCUAUAGAAUAAGUUUUCGGACAAUUGCGAAUGGCUAAACGCAUUUAAAUCAUUAGAUUUAAUUUUUUUAUAUUUUUGUGUGACAUUUAUUUUUCAUUUUAUUUUUAGAAUAAUCAUUGCAUUGCAUCGGAAAAAAACACUCUGUAACGAACUUCUGAAAUUGAAUUUAUUCUUUAAUAACUUUGAAAACCCAUGUUUGCAUUGUAUGGUGAGGGCACGAUUGGAGUGUGAUGGGGCUCCAUGUGCAAGGUUCACCCACGUGCACCGUCCACUCGGAGUCACACCCCACAUCCCUCGCCCUUCGCCCUAAUUCAGUGUGUGUAAAAAUUCAAUUUCCAUAAUUUUAUACCGCAAUAUAUACACAUUUGGAUUUGCUUCAUUAAUUUGAAGUAAAUUUAAAUUACUAUUUUUCAAGCAUUUAUUGUAAUUUUAAACUCGAUUCAUUCAAUUGAAUUGAUGUUUGAUCAAUCUGUACCAAGUUUUCGAGCAAUUGCACUUAAUUAUAUUUUUAUAAGAA